UUAGUUUAGUUGCGAGAGAAACUCCAAGUGUGUAAAUUACAACAAAUAUUUGUGAAGUGGAUUUAAAAAAAAUAAUUUUCUAACGCUUAAACUUAUAUAAAAAAGAAAUAGAACCAGUUGGCUCUUUUUAAUAACCAAAACAACUGAGAGAGCCACUGUAUAUUUGCAUUGUCAAAAAAAAGUGAUAAAUUAACGGGAGAAAGAAGAGAACAACGUACAAUUUUUGUUUUUGCAACGAAUAUUUGCCGCAGUUGGUCUAUUGAAGUAGCUCAGUGAGUGCAAGCGAACAAUCCCAUCCAACCAUUCAAGUGUGUGCAAAAAUUUUCUAUUCAUCGUGUGGUCUGUGCAAUUAUUUUUCUAGACGGAGGAAAUAUUGAAUUAAAUAAAUUUGAUUAAAAGUUAUUGUGCCACAAAAAGUGUUUGAGAAGAAGGACAAUAUGUUGCUGCAACGUAACAAAUUGGGAAGUGUACGUCCACCGAAACGUUGUCGCAGCGACAUGGAUUCAACAUCGGCCUCGGAUAUAGUUAUCAUACAUGGUAACUCUCAUCCUGAUUUGGCCAAUCUGGUGGCCGAACGAUUGGGCAUUAAAAGUGGCGGAUGUUCGGUAUUUCAUAAAACAAAUCGUGAGACCAUGGUCGAGAUAGGGGAUUCAGUGAGAGGAAAGGAUAUUUAUAUCAUACAAACAGGAACCAAAGAUGCCAAUAACAAUAUAAUGGAAUUGUUAAUUAUGGCCUAUGCUUGCAAGACCUCAUCGGCUCGUUCAAUUGUUGGUGUCAUUCCCUAUUUACCUUACUCGAAACAGUGCAAAAUGAGGAAACGUGGCUGCAUUGUCUCCAAAUUAUUGGCCAAAAUGAUGUGUACCUCAGGUUUGACACACAUCAUUACCAUGGACUUGCAUCAGAAAGAGAUUCAGGGAUUCUUUGAUAUUCCUGUGGACAAUUUAAGAGCUUCACCAUUUCUCUUGCAGUACAUACAAGAAAGUAUACCGGAUUAUCGUAACUCUGUAAUAGUGGCUCGUAAUCCCAAUUCAGCUAAAAAGGCCACUUCCUAUGCUGAACGUUUGCGUUUGGGCAUAGCCGUUAUACAUGGCGAACAAAAAGAAGCCGAAAGUGAUCAAGUCGAUGGUCGUUAUUCACCACCGCCCAAUAGUUCAUAUGAUGUAGCUGAUACAGUUGAAAUGUGCUUACCAGCGACUCCUAGUCGUACUCGUACAAUUUCUGUGUCAGUCGGUGUACCAGAACAUCCACAAAAAGUUAAGCCCCCUCUAAAUCUUGUGGGAGAUGUUAAUGGACGUAUUGCUAUAAUGGUGGACGAUUUAAUUGAUGAUGUUCAAUCGUUUGUAGCAGCUGCAGAUGUGCUAAAGGAAAAUGGUGCCUGUAAAAUUUACGUUUUGGCUACUCACGGUUUACUGAGCUCGGAUGCCCCGCGUUUAAUCGAGGAGUCGGCUAUCGAUGAAGUCGUUGUCACCAAUACCAUUCCACAUGAGGUGCAAAAAUUGCAAUGUCAUAAAAUCAAAACCAUUGACAUUUCCAUUUUAAUAGGCGAAGCAAUUCGCCGCAUACACAACAAAGAAUCCAUGUCCUAUCUCUUCCGCAAUGUAACAUUGGAGGAUUAAAGAUAAUAUUUUUGUUUUAAACACACACAAAUACAUAUUUUGAAAGAUGUA